AUGCUCCCGACAUCUAUCACAACAUUGAGCCUCUAUGAACUUGGCCAGCCAGUCUUGCCAGGUAUCAUUCCAAACUCUGUAACCACAUUGCAUUUGGACUUAGACGAUGAUGAUCCAUACGCAAAGUUUGAACAACCACUGGAGGAAGGAGUCAUUCCUCCGUCGGUGACGACUCUGACAUUGGGAGCGAAUUUCAAACACAUGAUCACUCAAACAUCACUUCCAAACUCAAUCACAUCACUUAAGUUGGAUUAUAGUGGACUUGAUGAUGAAGCACCUCCAUCAAUCCCAUCAUCAGUGACCGAUCUCAAUAUUAAUCUGACUUGCGAUCUAGAAGCUGGGUCAUUGCCAGCGUCGCUUACUACUUUGGUCCUUGGUGAUGAUUUUUGUCAUAGCCUGGCGCCAGGUUCGAUACCAUUUGGUGUUACAACUUUGAAGUUUGGAGACAGCUUUUAUGGCAUCAUUGAUAUUGGAGUGAUCCCAGCCACAGUGACAUCAUUGGAUUUUGGGAAUGGGUUCUCUGAAACAUUGGACCCUGGAGUAAUCCCCGACUCUGUCAAGACUCUGAUCUUUGGAGACGAAUAUGGUACUCACUUCGAUCGGCCCGUGAAGAUGACUCCAAGUAUGCUGAGGAAUCCAAAGCCCGACACCUUCUGGGACGGCACGUUUCCAAACUCAGUGACAACCAUCAAGUUUGGAAAAUCGUUUGAUCAGCCAUUAUCCAUGGAUAAUUAUGUCAUAACACCACCCAAUUUAACAAUGAUUGAUUUUGGAGAGCGCUACAGUCAAUGUCUAUCAUCAGAGUGCAUCCCAUCGUCAGUCACCUCACUGACCAUCCCCAAUAUGAACAACUUUAAAUUGAUUGACGGACGGAUAACUCUGCCCCCAACACUCAUCCAGCUGCACAUAUCACAUCCACAUCCAGGUCGGGAGAUAUCAAAUGAUGAGGAAAUUGAAAUGGAGCCAUGUCUAUACUCAAAGCGAUCCUAUCUCAAUCAUAUCAGAGGUAUCGACAACAUUACAUUCUCAACUUGGCAUGGCAAACUUCAUGCCAGAAGACUGGACGAUCACUUUGGACUGUUCUUCAACGAGUUAAUGUUUGCAAUGUUCCUCCAAUAUGAUCAACCAUUAAAGAGAAUAACUCAAGAGCUGCGUCACUCAAAUUAUGACCUUCAUUACAACUUAUAA